GGGAUGCACUGUACAUCGCAUGCACAGGCCCACGGGUCACCCAUUACCCGCGUUUUUGAAAAGCUAAAUUUAGUUUCUUAGUAUUUCAAUUCCACGAUUAAUAACGUUCAGAUUUUCAGAAAUUAACUCGAAUUUCCAUGAAAAUCCAUAGAUUUUAAUCUCAAUUCUUUGAUCACUAUACUAAAAUGGCAGCAGCUCUUCUAGCUGCUUCAAUUCCUUCGUGGAUCCCUGAAGAUGACCUCUUGUUAAAGAACGCUGUUGAGGGAGGUGCUUCUUUGGAAGCACUUGCUAAAGGGGCAGUGAGAUUCUCUAGAAAGUUUUCACUAGGAGAAUUGCGUGAUAGAUGGUAUUCUCUUCUUUAUGAUCCUAUUAUUUCAGAAGAAGCUUCUGCUAAAAUGAUGGAAUUUGAAUUUUCUGUUAAGAAUGAUAAAGUAAGUUCUGCUCAGGUUUCUGCUAAAAGAAAGCUUGAAAGUGUUAGACGAUUGUACUAUGUUAUGAGAAAGAAAAGCCGUGGUCAUCAUACUAGUUGUCGAGAUACUAUGGUAUUUGAUACUAAUCAUACCCAUUUUGGAUUUGAUGGGAAGGAAUGCUGUAAUGAACUUCAUGUUGGGGCUUCCUCUUUUGAACAAGAUAAUAUGGGAAGAAUUGUUCCGCAUAAUGUUAGAGACAGAUUAGUUGACUUUCAGAGUUGUGACAGGGUUAAGGAAAUGAGACUUUCGCAUUCAUUGUCAGAAAGUAGUCCUUCAUUUCAUGCUGGGGCACUUGCAUCUCCGUUGGCUAUGUGGGAAAUGGUUGAGGAUGUUUCUGCUUCUGCAAUGCCAAUUACUGCAAGCAUUGAAGAUAAAGGUCAGCAUGAAGUAUUGAUGCAUCGUAAUGAUGUGGAAUUGAAUGGUAAUAAAACAAUUUUAUCAGGAAUGAGUGUCAUGCAUUCAGAGGAAAUACUGCAAAACAAACAUGACGCUGAUGUACUUAAUAAUUCAACUGCCAUCUCAGAAUGUGAUUAUGCAGAUCUUUCGGAGUCAUUGUUGAAUUUUGUGAAUGAGGACGAGUUGCUUUUAGUAGAUGCAGAUGGAGAAGAGGCAAUAGAUAAAUCUUGUUAUGAUGGACUUUUGGUGAAUUGUCCUAAUGAUUUUCAUGGCAAUUCAUCAGAUGCUAAAGAUUCAGAGACAUUAUUUUCAGAUAAAAGCCUUGCAAUUUCUGCCAGUACAUGUCCUGCAGAGGCUAUUGCUGAGUGUUCUCUGCGUGGUGAUGUUGAGCAGCAUGGUCAUCUUCAUUCAGAAAUCAGUUUACUACCAUCUGUAUUGGCAGUGAAUACAGAAAGCUACGACGGAGAGAUGGAGUGCACUUUAAACAGUGAAGACACUGAAAUUCCAUGCAAUGAUGAUGUUUUCUUACAUAAAGAAUUUAGUUCUUCCAUAAUGGCAAGAACUUCUAAAGAAACUGGUUACCAAUUUUUAUCAUGUCCUAAGGAUGACAAACACAAGCAAAGCUUGGUGGAGAAAGAAGGUAAUCCUACAAAAUCUCUUGUUGUUUCCCGUAUAAAGGGACUGGAAAUAUUGCCAGUAACCAACCCAGUCCACCAACUUGUUGGCUGCGGAGUCAAAUGUCAAUUUGAAGAUGUGGCUUUCAGACAGGCUAGAAAUGCUGACACAGACCCAAAUCAAAAUAGUACAGCGCUGGCCACUCUAACUUCUGCCAAGGUUGGAUUGCUAAAUGCAGAAUCGUCACAUGCUUGUGAUGCCAUGGGCUUGCCAUUAUAUGCACAAGCAGGCUCCCCGGAGCAAAUUACGUCAGUACCUGAAGCAGACCCCUCAAUGUUAAAUGAGGAAGAAUCUGAGAGUGAUGAUGAUGUUCCAUCGUAUUCUGAAAUUGAGGCCAUGAUACUCCAAAUGGACUUAUGUCCAGAUGAUACAGAUUCUUAUAUUUGUAGGGAAGUCUCAAGGUAUCAAAAUGAAGAUGCUAGAAGGUCGAUUAUAAGGUUGGAACAAUGUGCUCGGUCAUCUAUGCAAAGAGCCAUUGCAUCUCGAGGUGCACUUGCUCUCUUGUAUGGGCGCCAUUUGAAACAUUAUAUAAGGAAAACUGAGGUAAUAAUUGGCAGAGCAACAGAUGAUAUGGAAGUUGAUAUUGACUUAGGAAGAGAAGGGCCUGCCAACAAAAUAUCAAGACGGCAGGCACUCAUAAAGUUGGAUACAGAUGGUUCCUUCUUUUUGAAGAAUCUUGGUAGGAGUCCGGUAUUUUUGAAUGGCAAAGAAGUUGUUACCGGACACAGUAUGGUUCUUGGUUCAAGUAGUUUGAUUGAGAUUGGGGAAAUGGCAUUCAUGUUUGAAAUUAACAGCAAAUCUGUGGGGCGGCAUCUGAUAAAUGCCGUAAAAAACUUCCAAGAAGCAGAAACCUACAGGAUGGAUGGGACAAACUUGAGAUCACAUGUUGGGUUAUGACAGUGAGACAUAGAUGAUAAGGUGAGGUAAAAAACUGUUAGUGUACUUUUUCACCCAUGUUUCUACUUAUACCAGAGCCUGGUGAUCUUCUGUUGAUUUUUUUUUUUUUUUAAGUACCAAAGCUAUGCAAUGGACUAGAUAGGACCAGAUUGUUGUGUACAUUUGACUGCUUGCUUACAUGUAAAAUCCUCAUAACUAGCUUAUCUGCUUGCUUACAUGGAAAGGACAAUAAAAUUGCUUUUCUGAAGUUCCAA